ACGGUUACUUCAAUACCUAAAAAGAUCAUUUCCUCACCUCCUGAAAUUUACGACCUACUCUUCUCGAUUAAUUCUUGAAGGUACGAUGAAGAGGCAAAAGUCCAUAAUACUUGUUAACCCCUUUGAUCUCCUUUCUGAUGAAAUCGUCUUCAUUAUCCUAGAUUUCCUCAAUCAAAACCCGGUUGACAAAAAAUCCUUCUCCUUAGUAUGUAAAUCGUUUUACUCCAUUGAAUCCAAGCACCGCAAAACCCUCAAACCUCUCCGUACAGAGCAUCUUCCGAGAGUCCUUGUUCGGUAUCCAAACGUUACCCACCUAGAUCUCACUCUAUGCCCUCGUGUCAUUGAUAAUUUGCUAUGUGUUAUAGCGAGUACCUGCAAAUCGACGAUCCGUUCAAUCGAUUUAUCGCGGUCUGCGUUCUUUUCAAAUUCUGGGCUGACCAGUUUGACAAUGAAUUGCAAGAAUCUGGUAGAGAUUGAUCUGUCCAAUGCAACCGAGCUGGGGGAUAUAGGCGCCAAGGCUUUGGCGCAGGCGAAGAAUCUGGAGAAGCUGUCGUUGGCUAGGUGUAAGCUGAUUACUGAUAUGGGUGUUGGUUGCAUUGCGGUUGGGUGCAGAAAGCUGAGGGAGAUUAGCUUGAAGUGGUGCUUGGGUGUUGGCGAUUUGGGCGUUGGUUUGAUUGCUGUUAAGUGUAAGGAGAUUCGUAGUUUGGAUCUCUCUUACCUACCGAUUUCAAAUAAAUGUCUACCGGACAUCUUGAGAUUACAGUACCUAGAAGACCUGGUUUUAGAAGGAUGCUUUGGUAUUGAUGGUGAUAGCCUUGCGCUUUUCAAGAAUGGGUGCAAAUCACUUAAGAAACUUAAUAUGUCGAGUUGCCAGAACAUUGGUCAUAUUGGUUUGUCUUCCCUUAUAAGUGCUGCUGGAUGUUUACAGCAACUCACCUUAGCAUACAGCACUCCUGUCACUCUUGAAGUUGCUGAUAGCUUGAAGAAACUUUCCAUGUUGCAAUCUAUCAAGUUAGACGGCUGCCUGGUUACUUGUGAGGGACUGAAGGCUAUUGGAGUUGGAUGUGUCUCAUUAAGGGAGCUGAGCCUAAGUAAAUGUUCAGGGGUGACUGAUGAAGGCCUCUCUUUUGUGGUAACAAAGCAUAGAGAACUGAAGAAACUAGACAUCACAUGUUGUCGGAAACUAACUGAUGUUUCCGUUGCUCACAUUUCAAAUUCAUGCACUGGCCUCACUUCCCUGAAGAUGGAAACAUGCACCCUGGUUAGCAGAGAAGCCUUUGUCCUUAUUGGACGGAGAUGCCAUUUUCUUGAGGAGCUUGACCUAACAGAUAAUGAAAUUGAUGACGAAGGUCUGAAGUCCAUCUCCAGAUGUUCCAGACUUUCCACCUUAAAACUAGGAAUAUGCUUAAAUAUAACCGAUGAGGGGUUGAUUCACAUUGGCAUGUUCUGUUCAAAACUUCGUGAGAUUGAUCUCUACAGAUCUGUAGGAAUAACAGAUUUAGGUAUCUCAGCAGUUGCUCGGGGUUGCCCUAGACUUGAGGUGAUAAAUAUAGCCUACUGUAAGGACAUUACUGAUAGGUCCUUGAUAUCAAUGUCAAAAUGCCUGCGGUUGAAAACUCUUGAAAGUCGAGGCUGCCCUCUCAUCACUUCUUUAGGCUUGACAGUGAUUGCUGUGGGAUGUAGGCAACUUACUAAGCUCGACAUAAAGAAGUGUCACAAUAUAGAUGACGCUGGGAUGCUUCCGCUCGCUCACUUCUCACAAAACUCAGAGCAGAUUAAUUUGUCUCAUAGCUCAGUAACAGAUGUGGGACUCUUAUCACUGGCUAGCAUCAGCUGUCUACAAAGCAUUACUAUCUUGAACCUAAAGGGCUUGACUCCAGGUGGACUGGCAGCUGCAUUGUUGGCGUGUGGAGCAUUAACAAAAGUGAAGCUCCAGGCCUCUUUCAAAUCAUUGCUCCCUGUCCAACUUCUUGAGCAUUUGGAAGCACGUGGUUGUACAUUUCAGUGGAGGGAUAAUGUAUUUCGGGCUGAGUUGGAUGUCAAGUGCUGGAAAAUGCAGUUGGAAGAUGUUGCGCAGUAGAGAGAUUCUAAAGGUGUUAUAUGCUGAGGCCAGAAGGUCCUGUUCUCUCUUGCCGGCUAAAGUAGAUUCCCGCUCUGAAUCAGGCAAAGUCUGUGGAAUUUUGAGAGUUUAAGAUGACCUUCAUGUUUCCUUUAUUUGAUUCAAUAGAUUGAUGGAUAAAGUAGGUUAGCCUGUUAAGAUUGUCUUUGUAGAAACACGCUUGUAUUUUGAAAGUUUCCGUGAAAUGUGUCCAAGAACUAAUGGAGACAGGUUUCUUCAGACAUAACUGAAUUAGUUUUAGAAUAUGUCCAUAUCAUACAUCAAAUUGAGUCAGCAGGAAAUAGGAAUAUCAGCCUUGUAAUAUCAGAAAACGGAAGUUUGUAAAGGAAAGUUUUUAUUUUGUUUGCGA